GACGUGACCAAGGCCUUUCCCAUCCCCCACCGCUUGCCACUACCCACCAUCCAACCUUCCUCUCACUCCUUCGUACCAUUCAAAGUCUUCUCAAAGUCCUCUCGUACCCCCUUGUCGUCACCACCCCCGUCACCCCCGCCACGUGUUGGUGUUCUUCCGAACGCGCCAAACGGACAGCGUUUGAGUCGGACACGGUUGGUGAUCGUGGAAGCGAGCAAGGCAGUCAAGGCGAAGCAGGCAAGAGGCAGAGAGAGAGAGAGAGAGUAGCUGGACAUGUCGCGCAAGUCGUGGGACGCUGUUGAGGCGUAUUUGCUUGACGCUGUGGCGGUGCUCGAAGCCAAGGUCGCACCCGAGGUCCUGGCGCGCAUCUCAAAGGACCGACGCGGCUCGUCGGCGUCGACCUUGUCAUCAAGUUCGAGCUCGGGCGACUUUUUGUCUGCCGAGAACGGUGGUGAGGCUGCGUCGCCCAAGGUUGCGCUCGCCAAGCGGGUGCUGGACCUCGCCAACGCGAUCGAGGGCCAGGAGAUUGCGCAGCUGUACAUGUUGCAGCUGGAGCAGGCACAGGCGUCGUACGAGGCCAAGCUAGAAGGGCUGACUCGCGAGAUCCGCGCAAUCGAGGCGCGGGCGGCUGCCGACGGCGUCGGGGCCAGCAGCGGCAGCGGGGUGGCAGGACCCGGCAGUGGCGGCGAGGCGCAGGCGUUGGUGGCAGCCAACGCGGCACUCGAGGCCAAGGUCCGCGAGCUGGACGAAGCCAAGCGCGAAGCCGAGGUGUGGCAGCCGGCGAAUCUGGCGUCGUCGAUCGGAGGCUACGUGUGGAACGCAACGGUCAAGGCGUUCGAGGUUGUGUCGUCGGCGACCCACCACCUCACACACAACCGCCGCUCGCGGCCCGGGGUGUACUCGGCGCUCGAGUCGGAGCAGAUGCGGACGAUACACGAGUACUACAAGCGGUACAUUGCGCCGACGCUUCCGGAGCUGCUCGAGGUGACCGGUCCGGACUAUGCAUCGUCGGCGACGGCGUCGCCGCCCAAGCCGCGCACCUUUCACCUUCGUUCGUGGCAGCACAAGCUCGGCGACGGCUUCCUCCGUCCGCUGGCCAGGAGGCACUCGCGCACGUCUGCUCGUACCAGGUCGAGCGUCACGCCCGCAUCGCCGGCGCCGGUUAUCCCGACGACCCGACAAACUUGCUCCUCACCGAGCUCAAGACCUGGCUGGUGGCUGAGCUCUCGGUCGCGCCGCGCGACUCGCCGACCGCCGUCGACUCGCUCCGUAACCGUAUCAAAUUUCUCCGCGAUCUCGUCAACGCGUCGAUCUUCCCAGUUGGCACCACGUCGUCGAUCCACCUCGUCACUGUCCUCAACUACGUCCUCUCGCUCCUCACAGAGGCGCACGCCGCGUUUGCGCCCGAGGCCCUCGAACGGGCCACGGUCGCCAUCACCUUUUCUUCCCCGCCGACGCCGCCCUCGUCCGAUGACGAUGGCAGUGCCCCUCGGCGCCCCUCGCUCUCGGCCGCGAGAAGAUCUUCCGUGUCGUCGUCGACCUCGCGCGAGUAGGCUGUUCUGUGCCACUCGCGUUCGUUUGCCUGUCGGCUUGAGUGGCAAGUAGCCAGCAAGCCGCGAACACACGUCGGAGCUGCCAGGAGAAUGUCCGCGUCAGGCACAGGCCAUGGCAAUCGCACUCCGCCAUAAAGCCCCCACGUCUGCUGCAA